AACACCUACCUCUUCAUGAUGCAAGCCCAAGGCAUCAUGAUCCGUGAGAACAUGCGAACUAUUGGAGCUCAGGUGUACGAGCAGGUGGUCCGCAGUGCCUAUGCCAAGAGGAACAGCAGCGUGAACGACUCAGAUUAUCCUCUUGAUCUGAGCCACAAUGACACCUUUCUGCAAGCCACAACAUUUCUUCCUGAAGACUUUACCUACUUCCCCAACAAUACCUGUCCUGAGAGGCUCCCUUCUAUGAAGGGCCCCAUUGAUGUAAAUAUGAGCGAGAUCACCAUGGAGGAUAUCCACCAGUUCUUCUCUAAAGACCCUUCCAUCAAGCUGGGAGGGCACUGGAAGCCAAGUGACUGCCUGCCUCGCUGGAAGGUGGCGAUCCUGAUCCCAUUCCGCAAUCGCUACGAGCACCUCCCCGUCCUCUUCAGACACCUCAUCCCCAUGCUGCAGAGGCAACGUUUACAGUUCGCCUUCUACGUGGUGGAGCAGGCUGGAAACCAACCCUUCAACCGUGCCAUGCUCUUCAACGUGGGCUUUCGAGAAGCAAUGAAGGACUUGGACUGGGACUGCCUCAUCUUCCACGACGUGGACCACAUUCCAGAGAAUGACCGUAACUAUUAUGGGUGUGGACAGAUGCCGAGGCACUUUGCAGCCAAGCUGGAUAAGUACAUGUACCUGCUCCCAUACAACGAGUUCUUCGGGGGGGUGAGUGGCCUGACUGUCGAGCAGUUCCAGAAGAUCAAUGGAUUCCCAAACGCCUUCUGGGGCUGGGGUGGUGAGGAUGACGACCUCUGGAACAGAGUACAGUACGCAGGCUACUCGGUGACUCGACCAGAAGGAGACACAGGGAAAUACAAAUCAAUUCCCCACCAUCAUCGGGGAGAAGUGCAGUUCCUAGGAAGGUACGCCUUGCUGAGGAAGUCAAAAGAAAGGCAAGCCCUGGACGGCCUCAAUAACUUGAACUACUUUCCAAACGUCACGUAUGACGCCUUGUAUAAGAACAUCACUGUUAACCUGACACCAGAGCUGGCUCUGGUGACCGAAUAUUAA